AAUACGAAGUCACUCUUGUGGUGAUACUACUAACUUUACAUAUUGGUGCCGUUACGUGGCUACACGGCCGACACUUUUUUUGAGGAAAACGUUUAGAACAAGGCACACAGACGCUGACCUUAAUCUUACAUUACUCAAUCUCCCAGUCGACGUCUGUGAUGUUCUGGACUGUUUGACGCUUCCGGUUAACUGAGCGCAGGUAAGCAGGACACCAGUUCUCACAGAACAUGGAUAGAGGGUGGUUUAUUGGACCUGAGAGGAUUCCCCCUCCAGAGGAGGACCCGUCCAGCUCUGACAGCAGUGUCUCGAGGUCUUGCAUUACUAUCAACCUGACUAAAAUGCUUCAAGCUGACAAACCUAGUGCAGUAAAGAAACCGAUUCCAAUCCGGCCCCCAAGCUCCCGAGUCUAUCCGCAGAGGGAACAAGAGUUUCAUUGCAGUUUCUCCUGUGAACCUAGGCCUAAACCCAUCAUCCGACAACGAUCCCGCUCUCUGCCUCCAACUACAGAAAAGAGGAAACAAUGCAGAAAUGUUGGCGUACGCUUUAUUGAUUCUUUGGGGCUUGACCUGGAACACAUCAAGCUUUUCAAAUCAGGAGAAGAUCCAUGUGUACCACAUCAUGUUGCCUUCAGAUUGUCGAUGGGUGCAGAGUUGGCAGAUGGAAGGCAUCUAGAGAUAUCCUUGCCAUACUUGAAGCCGGUUUUUGCCCAACAACCUGGCGACCAGCACGGAUUCCUGCAUCGCCUUUAUGAGCAGAAAGUGUGUCUUGAGAGAGUCUUGUGUUUUGAACUAGGUGUCAUCGGAAUCACCCAGGUCCUCAAUUUGGAUUUUGAAAAAGAUGUCAUAGCCCGGUAUUCAUUUACAGAGUGGAAGAGCUGCACUGAAACUAAGGCCUCUUGGGUGUCCACCAUCACCAAGAGCUGGGAAGGAGGAGAGGGCCAACUCAGUUGUGAUACAUUUCGUUUCCACAUGCCUGUUCCUCCGUUCCUGCAGCCAGGAGCAGUGUUACAGUUUGCCAUUCAAUACAAAGUCCGUGGGGCUGAAUACUGGGACAAUAAUUAUGGAGAGAAUUAUAAGUUAGUUUGCCAUAACUACAAACUCACUGUGCCCAAAGAAUGUGAGGAUAGUAUGGUGCACUUCAUUUAGGAUGCUGACUUAAGGUAGAUCAAAUCUAUUUAGAGCACUUUAUGAUGGUUAUCAGCAAUAUCUAGAUAUACAUAACUGCAUUGUGACAUGUCAUAUUCAUUUUGACUAAACAUUUUUUGAACCUAGAUAAACUGUCAACUCUAGACAGACUAGACAGUCAGAGUGAACAAUAACAGAAACACUAAUGCACUUCUACCUUAUGCCAACUUUAAUGCAGUAUUUAAUUUUUUUAAUUUUUAAUGCACUUUCUAAUUAUAUUUUUUUUCACUUUAAUGUGUGCGUUUUGAAUGGAUGUGACACCCACUGAGCGUUAUAUGAAUAGUCAGUCAAAUGUAAAUUAGUACGCAUCAGUCCACUCAUUUUUCCUGCUAGGUAAGAAUAAAAUAGUUUUUAUACGAUGCAGGAAUUUUGUCUGCAGAACCAUUCUGCUCGUGGCUGUCAUCAGACAGAAUUGUCAACUCGUAUACUUGGUGGAGUGGGCUGAUUCAAAGGUCUGGUCCUAGGCAAAAAAAAAUAACCCAGUAUUCAGAGUUUAUUUUGGAGUCAAAUGUUGUCAAACCAAAUGCCAUAACCAUUCAAUAGAUACAAUUGUAAUGAAUCAGAAAUGUGUAUUUUGUUUAGCAAUAAAGCACAGUUCCAAAUAA